CUCACUCCUUCGUUCGGCCGUAGGAACUUUUCGCUCGAGUUCCUAACUUCCUAUGCUUCCUGCUGUGUUCUUCUACAUUUUCUUAUUCCCGCGAAAAUUAUUCGCUGCUUGAUCCUUCUGCUUUCUCCAUUCUCUCUCAACAAUGUUAUACUGUUAAGUUAUGAUUAUGAUGAAGGAAUGAUUACUGGACAAAGCAAAUCCUAAAGUUCUUUGGAUGUGCGAUUAGAUUCUUCAAGGUGAGCUUUAUGAUCUGGACGAUCGUCGUUGACUAGCUUAGGUGUGAGUGAAUGAGAUGUCAAGGGAUCCAGUGGAGCCUGAAGUUCUUGAGAAUAUAAAUUGCAUCACACCUAAGUUAAAUAAAAGUGAUCUGGUCCUUAGGCCAGUUUCUGAAGAUGAAGGAGGGGAGGGUUUGCCAUAUGCUCCUGAAAAUUGGCCCAAUCCCGGUGAUAACUGGAGAUGGAGGGUGGGGAAGAGAGUUGCUAUAACUGGCCAUUUUCUGGAUAGGUACCUUUAUCCUCCUUGCCGUCUUGGUGUUCCUGAGAACACAUCUCAUAGAGGGCAGCUUCUUGCAAGCAAGCUUUCAGUUGAAAGAUAUAUCCAGUCUGUGAACCCUAAUGUAAACGUUGAUGCAUUUUUUGCCUCAUUCUGCUGGAAGAUACCAGCAAAAAAGUUGGCCUCAGCGCAAGGUGUGCGAGGAAGACAAGAUCCAUGCCCUCUUCCCUCAAAAGAGACGAAAGAAUGCACAGCAUCUGAUUCCCAGAUUCUGGGUUGCAAGGCUGGAAAUAUAAACUGUAAUAGUUUAUCUCUUGUAGCAAACCCAUCUUUAUUAAAAUCAAUGUCCUGUGAUAUUUGCUGCAGCGAAUCUUGGUUUUGCCGUGAUUGCUGCUGUAUACUUUGUUCCAAGAUUAUAAACAUGACCAGGAAAAGUUAUAGCUAUAUUAAAUGUGAAGCAAAGGUAGGUGAUGGGGAUAUUUGUGGACAUCAUGCUCAUAUAAAAUGUGGUCUCAAAUCAUAUAUGGCUGGGACAGUUAGGGGGAGCAUUGGAUUGGAUGCUGAGUAUUAUUGUCGACGUUGUGAUGCUAGAACAGAUUUGGUAUCACAUGUUGAAACAUUUUUGCAGUUAUGUCUAUCAACCGAUUGUUGUGAUGACAUUGAGGAGUUCUUAGGCAUUGGUUUCCGCAUUUUGCGUGGUUCACGCAAAGUGAGAGCGAAGGAAUUGUUGAGACAUAUUGAAGUGAACAUUGCAAAGCUUAAAACUGGGACUUGCUUGGAAGAUAUAUGGAAGAUGGAUGAAGACAUCUCAGCGAAUUGCACUGAUGCAAAUGGUAGCGCGAAUUCUACAGAAAGUUCUCAUGACACUUCAGACUCCUUUAUAAGCUCAGAAUGGACCAUGUCCACCCCUUUCGAUUAUUGGACUGAAUCCCUAAAACUGGAAGACGAGAUUGAACAGGUUCUGCAGGCACUGAAGAGAUCACAAGAGUUGGAGUACAGUUUGGCAGAAGAAAAGCUUCUGUUACAUAAAAAUUAUCUACAUAAUCUAUUUCUGCAACUCGGCAAGGAACAAACUGAACUCAGACCUCGAACAUCAUCAACUAGACAAAAGGUCUUUCAGAAUAAUGUAACAAAUAGAGUGGAUCAAAUAAAACGAGAAGUAAAGAAACUGAAGAGAAUGGAAAAGGUUGCUGAUGGAUUUGGACGAACUCCUAAAGAUAUCCUGAAGGAGGACUUUGGUUUUGAAGUUGAUUAGACAGACAUGGGCACCAUUGGCCAUUAUGAUUCAUUUAGCCUUUAUAUAGUCAGGCUUUAUCAGGUUUUUACUGUGUAUCAUAUGGCUUCACAUGAAGCGAGGAUAUCGAAAAGGCGUCAACUUCUCAACAAGCUGGAUUCUGCAAUCAAAAUACCGAAACUAUGGAGUUAUGGAGUUACUGAAAAAGUGUAGAGUAGAGAUAUCUUGGUGCAUUACCCUCUGUUUUCACGAUGAACAAAUGAGAUCAAUUAUGUUUUGAAUUCUUGAGAACAUUGGACCUCUUCUCAGAUAAAUUUCCUCGUCUCCACUGGUUGCUCGAUGGAUUGCUUGUCAUUGGCUUCUAACUCAGUAAGGAUCCUGUCUCUGGUUCAGGCUUCUUAUCGCUGCUUGCGGAAGAGUGCUUCAAUUUUCUAUCCAUCCUUGUGCAAUACAACACACGAGUACAAAUUCAAGGAGUCCAAACAUGACCCACAUGAACGAACAUUAAAAAGACAAAGAUAUCAAGGAGCAUUGCAUGCAGGCAGUCGUUUCCCAAAUGAACAGAUGAACAAUCAAAGGGAAAAAUGGCAGAUACGAAAAGGCUUAAUAAAAGAAGGUUUUGUGUAAAUUUUUGCGCCACAUUAUGGUUGUAACUUUCAAAACCAUAAAGUAAGGAGCAUACGAACACAUAGGACCCAUAAAUGGACAAGAAAGAAGCAAUACAUUCCAAGCCAAGAUUAUUAUCACAAGUGCUUCAGAACAUGGCUAAACCACUAACAAAAUGCGUUGGCAAAUGGCUAUCCAAUAAGGAAAUCAAAGCAAAGGGAGAGCAUGAAAACAACAUCUUCUGUGUAGAACUAUCCAGUUGAGCUAUCAAAUGAAACCCAUAUUUCAAACAUGGGUUACUCAACUCGAGCUGGUGUUACGUUUUUGCAA